UUCGCGACGUCGGCACUCGUGGUUUAUCUUUUCCGAUCGAAUAUUACUCUUAUUUGGAGCUUAUCUCGUGUCAAAAUCACAGAACCACCAUGCAGAGAAUGACAAAGCGCGGUUCCCGUUAUCGCACGAUGAGAAGGCCUGAGAAACAUAAUUACGUACUUGUCGGUGUAUUCUCGACCUAUAUAUGUUACUCGGUCAAAACAAAGAUGGUGGUUGACAUGGAACUGCAAGAAGCUAAAGAUGCUGUCCUUCAAUUGAUGAAGGAUAAAGAAAAUAUAGAAUCUAAUCUGCGAGCGCUAAAGGAGAUCUUAGAUUCCAAUCAUGUCGGUAUGGACGAUCCACUGGUGGACUCCGAAGGAUAUCCCAGGCAUGAUGUUGAUGUUUACCAAGUGAGACACGCAAGGCACAAAAUAAUAUGUCUCAGAAAUGAUCAUAAAGCAUUGAUGAAAAAAAUAGAGGAAGGGUUGCACAAAAUUCAUGCUUUAGCAGGGGGAAAUGAAACACAAGAGUCUGUAUCCAAUGUAUCUGAUAUUCAGGAGUCAGAAACACUGGAGCCUUUCCUAAGAGUGAAUUUAGUUUCACCUGGUUCACCAGCAGAAAUUGCAGGACUUCAAGUUGAAGAUUUGAUAUUGGAAUUUGGAUCCAUUCAUUGCCGAAACUUCAAAUCUUUGACAGACAUUGGAAAGUUAGUGGAAAAUAGCAGAUACAAGAUUAUCAACCUAAAAAUUAAACGUGGAUCCAAUAUCAUAAUUCUAUCAUUAACUCCACGCCCCUGGGUCGGUAAAGGUCUCUUAGGUUGCAAUGUGAUACCUCUAGAAAUAGUUGAGAGAUAAAGUUAUAACUAAGGUAACGUAAGCUAUAUGUAAAGCCACACAAACUAUAUUUUUAUGUGUGUAUCUUAUUUAAUAAAUGCAACUUUGUAAGUUAUUACUCUCCUAA